GCUCCGGCUUGUAUCGCCUGUUCGAAAACUUGUAUCGGUUAAAUUUGUAAAGUUACGAGCUAGAGUCUGGUUGACUUCUUUCGAUAGUUGAUAUAUCUUAAACUUUCUCAUCAGCGAUUCGUAAUUAAAAAUGGCUCACAAACAGAUCUAUUACUCAGAUAAAUACACAGACGAUCUUUAUGAAUACAGACACGUGGUCUUACCGCGGGAACUGGCCAAACAGGUCCCCAAAUCCCACCUGAUGUCCGAAGAUGAGUGGAGGAGACUGGGCGUGCAGCAGUCACUGGGUUGGGUCCAUUACAUGAUCCACGAGCCCGAGCCUCAUAUUCUGCUGUUCAGGAGACCUCUUCCCAAGCAAUGACACUAACAACAGCACUCCACUCUUCUGGAACAUUUCUAUGGAUUACUGUAGUAUUCAGUGAAUACUUCCUAACUUUACCAUGUUUCUGUCUCCGGUGUUAAUGAUGCUGUGUUUGACGGCGCUUAUGCUCGGACAGAGAAUCAAGGGAAUACGGGAAAUGUGUUUUCAGUGAAAAUCGAAGGGCUCUUAACUCAAUCACGUGACUCGAGCAAUCACGUGACUCGAGCGCCUCUCUGGGUGAAGCUAAAACUUUCACGAUGUGUGUGUAUAAAAUAAAAGUCUGGAGCAUCAUGAGCGUUUAGAAAGCGAAAUCGGUGUAUUUGAUGUAAAUGUGCUGUGAACUAUUGCAGGAUCACAUGUGUCUUUAUGAUAGGUUGUGUCUAAUUCUCAGGUUGCGUUGAUGCUUCAGGAAAGGCAAUUGUAUACUGUAAAGAUGAUGGACUGUUUAAAUAGUGCACAUACUUUUUAUAUUUUUAAUGCAAUGAAAAGGAAUUUAUCAAGGGAGAGUCCUUAAUAAUCGCUUAUUCCUGAAUUGAAAAUGUAUGUGUUUGACGGCACUGUAUUAGUUAUUCAUUCUUCCAUGAACUUAUUAUUAUUCAGAACAACGUUACUUAUAAAGAUAUGGCUUAUGUAAGAUGAUGUUUUGUUCUUGAUUAUAUUCUCGUUACUUAAAAAUAAAUGCAGCUGUGUAGUGGUUUUGUUUUGGCCUCUUUCAGCAGAACACAAGAGGGCGCCACGUGACA